AAUGAAUGCAUCUGGCCUAAAAAUUGUUGGAAGAAACCGGCUUAUGAGAUCAACGCAGCGGCCUUGCCGCCCAAAACUUCGACUUUGUCGAACACUAAAGAGUUUUUUGGAAGUGUUACGCCAUUUGCGGAGAAUAACAACAACACGGUGCGCAAACGGACUGAAAAAACUUUAUUCAAAAUAGCAACAUGCGAGGUUGUGAAUAUUGAGGAG